CCGGGUAAAAAUACGAAUAUAUGGGAGGAAUUCCAGCAGCCAGCCAGCCAGCCAGCCACUCUCCAGUUUUACCAGUACUAGACGGAGCAAAGGAAGAGAGAAGGCAGGAGGUGGUGGGAGUGAAGGGAGGGAAAGAAGAAAGCUCCAAUCUCUCUGCCGCUGCUGCCCCAAGACAAGAUUCCCUUGUUGCAUCGGCGUAAAUAAGAAGAUUACCAACAUUGGCCAUUCCAACGCGAGCGCUGAGGCGUACAAGGACCCGAAUUUGGAGGAGAGAAUGUCAGUGAUCCAUGCGGACGAUGUCGAGAUAUCGCUGUGCGACGGCAACUCGGAGGACGAGCGCCGACGCCGGAAAAUCGGGUCGCUGCGGCGGAAGGCCAUCCACGCGCUCAAGAAGCGCGGCAGGCGGCGCGUCGACUUCCGCUUCCCGGCGGCCAUCUCCAUCGAGGACGUCCGUGACGCCGAGGAGGAGCGCGCCGUCGCCGCCUUCCGCGACUGUCUCGCCGCGCACGGGCUCCUCCCCGAAAAGCACGAUGACUACCACAUGAUUCUAAGGUUCUUGAAAGCCAGGAAGUUUGACACCGAGAAGGCAAUGCAGAUGUGGGGAGACAUGCUAAGAUGGAGGAAAGAGUUUGACGUUGACACAAUCCUUGAGGAUUUUGAGUUUCAUGAACUGGAUGAGGUACUGUGCUACUACCCACAGGGCUACCAUGGCGUCGACCGAGAGGGCCGCCCAGUUUACAUCGAGAGGCUCGGAAAGGUCGACCCCAACAAGCUCAUGCAGAUUACCUCUGUGGAGAGGUACAUCAAGUACCAUGUUCAGGAGUUUGAGAGGGCCUUCAGGGAGAGGUUCCCUGCCUGCACAUUGGCUGCCAAGAGGCACAUUGACUCCACUACCACAAUCUUGGAUGUCCAGGGUGUGGGUUUUAAGAAUUUCUCCAAGAUUGCAAGGGAGCUUGUACACCGAAUGCAGAAGAUCGACAGUGACUAUUAUCCUGAGACGUUGCAUCAAAUGUUUGUUGUGAAUGGAGGCAGUGGGUUCAAGUUGAUCUGGAACAGUGUGAAGGGCUUCCUUGACCCAAAAACUUCAUCAAAGAUUCAUGUUCUCGGUUCCAACUACCAGAGUAGACUUCUUGAAGUAAUUGACCCAAGUGAGUUGCCAGAGUUCCUUGGUGGUUCAUGCUCAUGUGCUGAUAAGGGUGGCUGUCUUGGGUCGAACAAGGGGCCAUGGAAUGAUCCUUUUAUUUUGAAGCUGAUACACAAUUUGGAGGCUGGUUGUGCAAGGGAUAUAAAGCCAAUUUCCGAUGGUGAAGAACAAAGCAAUUCUUCUCUUCGGUUAGAACAGUUAAAGUGGCAGGGCAUGAUUAGCGACACGUCGAAUGCUGAAUCAGGUUCAGAUGUUGAUGACUUGGGCUCAUCAUUUGUUCCUAAAGGCACUGAAUAUGGUUGCCUCACUCCAGUCCAUGAGGAAGUAAAAGGCAUAGAUUCUUUAACUUACUUUAUCUGCGAUGAUCAGAAUUUCCUGGAUAUUUCUCUUGAAACCGGCAGGGGAGCGCGACAAACUACUGAAAGUGUGCCAAAGCGACGAGUUGAUAACAGGCAAUCUUCCACCAAUGGAAAUCAUCAGGAUUUAGGGAACAAUGCUGGCAAUCUGGAUGGUACAAUUCUCCCAAGAGGCUUGGAAAAUUUUGUCAAAGUUGUGCUCACAGCCUUGAUCAAGCUAUUCUCUUUCUUCCGCCUUUUCAUCUGUGCACCACAGAGGAGGCUUGAACAGGCGCAUCCUUUUCCCGAACCAGUCCCAGCUGCAGAGAAGCCACAGCCUCGAACUAUAAGCGACGAUGAUAUGAUUGCCUGCUUACAGCGUAUCGAAAAUCUUGAAUCUUUGUGCAACCAACUUGCCAGCAAACCACCAGAGAUUCCCGAGGACAAAGAGCAAAUACUACAGAACUCGUUUGAGCGCAUCAGAUCCAUUGAGGCUGACCUGGAGAGGACCAAAAGAGUACUGCACUCUACGCUGGCUAAGCAGCAGUCGUUGGUGGAGAGACUGGAAGCUGUACAGGAGUCCUCGAGAGUCAGGAAGAGGUUGUUUUGUUCAUAGGACGACACAUAUUACACGAGUCCGAGCCAGCACCGUGACAUCAUUAACCAUGAAGCUGCCAGUGGCCCCUUUUUGACCUUUGUGACUCCAGCCCUGAGUCGUUUGGAGAGAGAUAUACGAAAGAGAAGACAUUGUUGGAUGCUCAUCGCUUCCUUUCAGGAUCUCUCCCCCUUUUUGUUUGUAGUAGUUCAUGUUUUGAGCCCCCUGUUCCAUGUCUGGUGAAUGCUGCGCCGUGCAAAGUGCCGUUUUUUCUUGUUUGCCGGCCUUGACGUGGGAAAGAUUGCGCAAAUGGUUGUGGCACUCGUCUGCAGAUGCACUGACAUGACCUUGAACUGGACCCGAUCCGUGGCUGGAUAGUGUCAGGCUUAGCAAUUGUCUGUAAAUGGUGCUAGCAGUAGUAGGGCUACCUCUAAUGAAUCUGAUGAUACUAGAGCGUUACAAUUACAACGGUGUUCCAUGGCUGA